CCGGAGCGGCACAGAGCAGCCCGGGGCAGCGCCAUGGGGCUGUACGCGGUGCUCGCCCUCCUCCUCCUCGUCCUCGCCGUCCUCACCUUGUGUCGCUGGGUCGGGUCCCGCGGCCCCAACCCCUUCGCUGUCGAUACCCGGCGCCCGCCGGCUCCGCUGAUCACCGAUAAGGCGGUUCGUCGGAACGUGCUGAAAGCAGUUUUCUCUCCAGAAAAAGUCCCGGCGGAGCUCGAUGCCAUCGUCAUCGGCAGCGGCAUCGGGGGGCUGGCGGCGGCCGUGCUGCUGGCCAAGGUGGGCCGGCGGGUGCUGGUGCUGGAGCAGCACGGCAGGCUGGGGGGCUGCUGCCAUGCCUUCAGCGAGAAGGGCUUCGAGUUCGACACCGGGAUCCACUACGUGGGGCAGCUGCACGACGGCUCGCUGUGGCGCUUCCUGGUGGACCAGCUGACGGACGGGCAGCUGGAGUGGGCUCCCAUGCCGCCCAGCUUCGACGCCGUGGUGCUGGGUGAGCCCGGCCGUGACAAAGCCAUCCACCUCUGCACCGGGACCAGGGGUUACUUCGAGCGGCUGAAGGAGCAGUUCCCCGGCGAGGAAGCCGCCAUCGAUGAGUUCAAGCGGCUGGUGAAGAGCGUCACCAAAGGGCUCUGGAUUCUGGGCGUGCUGAAAAUGCUGCCGCUGCCGCUGGUGCGGCUGCUGAGCCGCUCGGGGCUGCUGUCCCUGCUCAGCCCCUUCUGCCGGAUGACCUUGCGUAGUGUCAAGGACGUGGUCGAUGGCCUCACCACCAACGCCAAGCUCAGGGCCGUGUUCAGCUACAUCUUCCCCACCUACGGUGUGCUGCCCUCCAAGGCCAGCUUCUCCCUGCACAGCAUCCUGGUGCAGCACUACCUGUGGGGUGCCUGGUACCCCAAGGGCGGUUCGGGGGAGAUUGUCUUCCACACCAUCCCCAUCAUCCAGAAGGCCGGCGGCAACGUGCUGGGCCGGGCACCAGUGCAGAGCAUCCUGCUGGACUCCCAGGGCAGAGCCUGCGGUGUGAGCGUCAAGAAGGGCCAGGACGUGGUGAACAUCUUCGCUCCCAUCAUCAUCUCGGACGCGGGGAUAUUCAACACCUACGAGCGGCUGCUGCCACCCGAGGCGCGCGCUUUGCCUGAGAUCCAGUCCCGGCUGCGCAUGGCGACUCACGGCGAAGGCGGCUUCACCGUCUUCGUGGGGCUCAGGGGCUCAAGCCGGGAGCUGGGGCUGGAAGCCAGCAACUACUACGUCUACUCGGACACCAACCUGGACCAAAUAAUGCGGCGCUACUACAACUGCUCCCGCGACGAGGCUGCUGCCAACAUCCCCCUGCUGUUCAUCACCAGCCCGUCCGCCAAAGACCCCACGUGGGAGAUGCGGUACCCAGGUAAAAGCACGCUGUCCAUCAUCACCAUGGCCAAGUACGAGUGGUUCGAGGAGUGGAAAGACAAGCCGGUCCAUAAGCGGGGAGAUGCUUACGAGGACGUGAAGAAGACCUUUGUGGACACCGUCAUGCAGACUGUCUUCAAACUGUACCCCCACAUCGAGGACAAGGUCGAGUACGUCUCGGGGGGGACACCGCUGACCAACCAGCACUACAUCGCCAGCCCCCGGGGGGAGUUCUACGGCAUGGACCACGACAUGGCGCGCACGCAGAUCGAAGCCAUUGCCACGGCGCGGCCGCAGACGGCCAUCCCCAACCUCUACCUGACAGGGCAGGACGUGGCUCUGUGCGGCUUUGCCGGAGCGCUGCAGGGAGCCUUCCUCUGCACCAGCGCCAUCCUCAAGCGCAACAUCUACCUGGACGCCAUCCGGCUGCAGAAGCGCGUGAAGGGCUCCAAUGGCAAGAAGAAGGACUGAGGCCGGGUCCCACGGCUGGGACCCCCUUCCUUCUCCCUGGUGGCUUGCUUGCAUUGCUCGCGUCCUUCCCUAAUGGCACCGCGGGAUCAACGCCCGUCGAGAAGCCGCUUGCACUCCCAUCUUGGUCCCGUCUCGCUGCAGCUCAUCUCCCCGUGCUCCACACGCUGCUGCCUCCUCCCCACUGCCUGUUUGAAGGGAAAAACCCUUUUCCCAGCACAAGGAAGAGAGGAUCCCGAUCCUAUACAACCACAGCACCACCCAGCACCGCUGGAUGCCCUGUGGUGUCAGAGCCACUCGGGCUGCCAGAGAAGCAUCCAGCCCCAUGGGCACCUGCCUGGCUGAGGGCAGCGAGCCCCACACCGCUGCUUUUCCCCUUGCAGGCAGCAGCUUUGGGCUGAACGGGGCUGGGAAAACUUCUCAUGGAGCUGGCAUCCCCGGGGCGGUGGAGGCUGAGGAAUGAACCCCUCCCUACAUACAGAGCCGCCCGGGCGGCGUUGAACCGGUUUUCCAUCAGACCCAUUUACCAUCAGCCCUGCACAGUGCUGGAUGCUGCACGUGGCUGCACUGAAGCGAGGGUGCAUCAGCCCCAGUGCUGUGUGAGGAAGGAGAGGCUCCAGGCUGCGGAGCUGUGCCAGGGAGCCAGCUCCGGGCUGAGUUCAGUGGGGCAGCAGAGCAAGCGCUGCACGUGCUGGGAUGGAUUGCACUCAGGGUGGAUUGACUUAAGGCGAUGUAAAGCUGCUCAGGAGCGAUGGGCAGUGCUUCCAGAUGGGGUCUCACUGUGAAUGCAGCCCUGUGAUGCUGUGGAGCUGUCGGUUCUGCCCUGAGCAGAUGUUGUCUGUCUGUCUGUCUGCUGGGAAAUGCUUGGGAGCACAACCAAAGCCUUCACCACCGCCCCAGUGCUGGGAAGGGUGAGAAGGAGAGAAAUAAAACAGCCUUGUGAUGGGAA